AUGCCCGGUGGAAGAACUGCUCACUCACGCUUCCAAAUACCACUUACUAUUGAGGAUGGUGGAUUAUGUAGCUUCACGAAACAAAGUGGUACUGCAAAGCUGCUGCGGGGAACAUCUCUUAUAAUUUGGGAUGAGGCUACAAUGACAAAGAGGCAAGCGGUGGAGGCUCUUGACAAAAGCUUGAGAGAUAUAAUGGAUCGGCCGGAGCUGCCGUUUGGUGGGAAGAUUGUUGUUUUCGGUGGAGAUUUCAGGCAGGUCCUCCCCGUUGUCCUGAAGGGGUCGAGGGCUCAAAUAGUCAAUGCUUCGCUGCGGAGGUCGUACCUUUGGGAUUGGAUGCGGCAUCUAAAGUUGGUGCGCAACAUGCGGGCACAGAGCGACCCAUGGUUUGCAGAUUAUCUCUUGCGCAUCGGUGGUGGAACAGAGGAGGUAAACGGUGAUGGAGAUGUCCGUCUCCCGGACGAUAUAUGCGUGCCUUAUACUAGAGAUGGUAAGGAUCUUGAUUGA